UGUGACCAAUCGUUUCCUGUCUGUGGAUCCCAUCCCGCGGUUCCUUGGUCAGCCACUGCGUGCUUCUCGUCUGUGUUCUCCAUAUCUAAAACCCAAAGGAUUUGUCUUCUACUGCAAUAAUAAAUUCCUUUGCUGCUGCCCUGCUGUACCACCUAACAGGACGUUUAAAGAAGAGGAAUUUCUGCUGCCAUCAUCUUCCCCAACUCCUACCCCAUAAUUGCAGACGAAAUCCCAAGAAAGAGAAUCGGAAACGAAAGUUCACAGAGUGUGAGAUGUAGCAGAUCCCUUUCUACGGUGAUGGCACCUCCGUGUACUCGUUGAGCCUACUUGGGGAAUCCCAUUCAAGAGACCAACAUUGGGGCAGCGGUAAAACUAGUGUUGGUGAUCAAAGAAAGAUUAGAUCGUCGACUAUGAACAACGGCGGCGUGGGUAGUGGUGGUGACGGCGGCCGGCAGCUUCAAGCAACUCCCACCGUCUUCUUCUUCAUUGCUUCCGUCUUCAUCGCCUUCUUGCUUGCUCCUCGUCCCUGUUCGGCGCAGACGUCUCCAGUUUUGGAUCCGAAAGAAGUGACUGCCCUCCAGCAGAUCGCUAGGACGCUGGGCAAGACGGACUGGAACUUCAGCGUUGAUCCCUGCAGCUGGUUCCCUCCUGCUGCAUCCAAUCCGUCUGUCGGAUGUGAAUGCCCUCAAAAUUCGACCACUUACUGCCACGUUAUCAGCAUAUUUCUCCCACAACUGGGUCUGGCUGGAACACUUCCAAAGGAACUAACAGAGCUCCCCUUCCUUACUCAAUUUGAUGUCACCGACAAUUAUUUGAGCGGUACUAUACCUACCGAGUGGGGCGCCCUCCGACUUAUCAAUCUAACUCUCUAUGGUAACCGCUUAUCAGGUCCUAUUCCAGCACAACUUGGAGAUAUGGUCACACUUCAGCAACUAAUACUUGAAGCAAAUCAAUUUUCUGGAGAAAUACCCCCACAUAUUGGAAAUCUGAGCAAUUUACAAAGAUUGGACCUCAGUUCAAAUAAUUUUACAGGAGAAUUGCCCCAAACUUUGGCAAAGUUGACAAACAUGACUGACUUUAGGAUAAGUGGCAAUGGGUUGUCUGGGCAGCUGCCUGACUUAAUUGUGAGCUGGACACAACUGCAAAGAUUAGAAAUCCAGGGCACUAAUCUGGUGGGUCCAAUUCCAGCUGGCAUCAGCAAAUUGGAAAAUCUAGAGCAGCUGAGGAUCAGCGACAUACUUGGAACAAGUUCAAAAUUCCCUGAUUUGAGCAGACAAACCCGCUUAUCACGCUUGAUAUUGAGGAACUGCUUGCUAUUUGGUCAAAUCCCUGAUUAUAUUGGUCAAUUCAAGGCCUUGAGAAUACUGGAUCUAAGCUUUAACAACUUGACUGGUGGAAUACCAAACUCUUUACAAUUUCUUUCCCGGUUACAGUUUGUGUAUCUGACAAACAAUAGCUUAUCUGGCACUGUACCUGGUUGGAUACUGGGGACUAGUGUGGAAGUGGAUUUGUCAUACAACAACUUCACAGACAUUACUUCUGAUUCAUCGCUUAAUUGUAUGGGUGGAAAAACCAAUUUAGUUGAGAGCUUCCCAGAAGUACUGAAAAAUGAACAUAUUAUACAUCCUUGUUUGAGAAAAAAUUAUCCUUGCAAUGCUCGAAAACCAAGACACUCUUCUUUCCAUGUGAAAUGUGGGAGCAGUCAAUCAGUCACUGUUGGCAACACAACAUUUGAUGGAGAUACUGCAAUAGAUGGUGGUGCAGCUUUCUAUGCAAGCCCUCAAGGAAAUUGGGCAUUAAGCAGCACUGGAACUAUAAUGGAUAAUAAUGAUGACAGUGAUGUAUACACUGUCUCCAUCAACUCAACACUAUCUAUGUCGAACCCAGAACUAUACAGAACGGCACGCAUUUCUCCACUCUCUCUCAAAUAUUAUGGACUAUGUCUGUGGAAUGGGCCUUACACAGUGAAGCUUUACUUUUCUGAGAUAGUAAUAACGGAUGAUAAGAAUUAUACCAGCUUGGGGACACGCAUAUUUGAUGUGUAUAUUCAGGGGAAGCUAGAAUUAAAGGAUUUCAAUAUAAAAAAGGCUGCCAAUGGAUCCAACAAGGCUACUGUACAAAUAUUUCAAAGUGUGAAUGUAACUGAUAACAUACUAGAGAUUCACUUCUUUUGGGCUGGAAAAGGCACUACAGGAAUUCCAUAUAUUGGAGUAUAUGGUCCUCUUGUGUCAGCUAUUUCAGUUGAACCUGAAUUUAAUCCUCCUAAGGAAGGCAUUGACAGGAAGAUUAUCAUCAGCAUCGUGGCAAGUUUGAUGUCUCUUCUCUUGUUGAUAUUCUUGGUCAUUGGCUUACUCUGGAAGAAAGGCAUCCUGUUCCAUAAGCAAGAUGAAAUAGAACUUCGGCAAUUCAACCUCCAAGCUGGUUCCUUCACUUUGAAACAAAUUAAAGCUGCCACAAAUAACUUUGAUGAUGCUAACAAGAUCGGAGAGGGGGGUUUUGGAUCAGUUUACAAGGGUCAUCUGUCAGAUGGAACUAUUAUCGCAGUCAAGCAGCUCUCUUCCCAAUCAAAGCAGGGUAGCCAUGAAUUUAUUACAGAGUUGGGGAUGAUUUCUGCCUUGCAACACCCAAACCUUGUAAAACUGUAUGGCUGUUGCACUGAAGGAAAGCAAUUAUUACUUGUAUAUGAGUACAUGGAGAACAAUUCUCUUGCCACUGCUCUUUUUGGUCCAGAAGAGAAAAGAUUGAAACUGAAUUGGCCUACACGCCACAAGAUUUGCAUUGGGAUAGCGAGGGGUCUGGCUUAUCUUCAUGAAGAAUCUACUUUGAAGAUUGUACAUAGAGACAUAAAAUCUACCAAUAUACUCCUUGACAAAGAUCUGAAUGCCAAAAUAUCGGACUUUGGACUGGCCAAACUUCAUGAAGAUGAGAAGUCCCACAUCAGCACUCGUAUAGCUGGAACUUAUGGAUACAUGGCACCUGAAUAUGCCAUGCGUGGUCACCUGAGUUACAAGGCGGAUGUUUACAGCUUUGGAGUUGUUACCCUUGAGAUUGUUAGUGGCCAGAACAAUGUAAGCUGCAAGAAUUUAGGAGAAGGUGCCUACCUUCUAGACUGGGCAUGUAUUCUUCAGCAAAGGGGGAAUCUCCUGGACCUUGUUGAUUCCGAUCUAGAUUCAACCUACUCAAAAGAAGAAGCCUUAACAAUGCUUAAUGUGGCUCUCCUCUGCACCAAUCCAUCCCAUUUGCAUCGGCCGAAGAUGUCAACAGUGGUGAGCAUGCUUGAAGGCCGGGAACCAGUGCAGGCCCCUCUUCCAAGCCCUGCAGUAUCAACGACCGACUUGAGCACCCGAAUGCAAAGAGUAGCAGAUUGGCAAUGCAGCAAUCAGGUCCAGGCUUCCAGCCAUUCUACAGAAAUGUCAUGGACUGGGUCCUACGUCUCAGGUCCUGCGCAGGAUGAGAGUGAGCAUAUUUUACCAGAAUGUCUCGAUGAAAUCCGUCCAUCAGCAUAGGCCAAGGGCUGUUAAGAAGACGUUUGAUUUCGUGGAGUUUCCACGGAUGGUAGGGCCUGCAUUCUAUCGCAAACAAGGGACACGGGCGGAUUCCUUUGUUUCUGAAGGAACACGUUCCAGGCAAUCCACCAAAAUAAUGAAACAUGCGUACGGAACAGUUCCGCUAUGGGUGUUAUGUUCCUGAAUUCAAAUAUCCUCUCAAAGGGACUGAGGAACACUUUCUUGCGCAUGUACAGUUGGCCUUUCUGACUAUAAAGUAUGCAAAAUUGGCCAUACAUAAUUUGUAGGCGUCAUAUGUAACACGAUUCAUUGAAUACAGAAUUCUUUUUGAGGCGAUGGAGAACAAGAUGAAGAACCAACGUAUUGCUCCAUUGUCUUUUCUUUGCUGGGGGCCUGGAGGUUGUAUGGAGGGGAAAAAAAUAACUUGAAUUGUAACAUAAAUGGGAAUUGUAUCAUGUAUUGCUUCCUCAACAGACUGUAGAGAAACAUCACUUAUUAAACACAA